GCGGAGGGGACGAUGGAGAAUUUCACAGCGCUUUUCGGCGCUCAGACUGACCCACCACCACCUCCAACCGCACUCAGCUUCGGACCAGGAAAGCCUCCACCCCCUCCUCCGCCUCCUCCGGGUGGGGGACCCGGCACGGCCCCGCCUCCCACCUCAGCCACGGCUCCUCCCGGCGCGGACAAGUCAGUGGCUGGUUGUGGCCCCUUCUAUUUAAUGAGGGAACUGCCAGGUAGCACAGAGCUGACAGGCAGCACCAAUCUCAUCACGCACUACAACCUGGAACAUGCCUAUAAUAAAUUCUGUGGGAAGAAGGUGAAGGAGAAGCUAAGUAACUUCCUGCCCGACCUACCAGGGAUGAUUGAUCUGCCUGGUUCCCAUGAUAACAGCAGCCUCCGCUCCCUCAUUGAGAAGCCCCCUAUUCUUGGUGGCUCUUUUAAUCCUAUCACAGGGACCAUGCUGGCUGGUUUCCGCCUCCACACUGGCCCAUUGCCAGAGCAGUGUCGUUUGAUGCAUAUUCAGCCUCCCAAAAAGAAGAAUAAGCAUAAGCACAAACAGAGCCGUACCCAGGAUCCUGUCCCCCCAGAAACACCAUCCGAUUCGGAUCACAAGAAGAAGAAAAAGAAAAAAGAGGAGGAUCCUGAACGGAAAAGGAAGAAGAAAGAGAAGAAGAAAAAGAAGAACCGACAUAGUCCAGACCACCCAGGUAUGGGUAGCUCCCAGGCCAGCAGCAGCAGCAGCCUCCGCUAACAGGACCACUGGACUCUGCCAGGAUGGCUUUUCCUGCUGUACUGAACCUGACAAAAACUACCUUCUAGGCUCUUGGACACUCCCUUGGGAGCAUCUUGUAGCUGGGGUAGGGGCUAGCCCCUACUGUAUUCGGUUGAGAUUAAUAUGUUAGAAGGGCCAUGCUAUUGUAAGGCUUAGCCUAGUUGGCUUUCUCAUGAACAUCUCUUCCUCUCCCAGAAAGCUGUCUCUUUUUCCCUCCUUUGUGCAACUUUUCUGAUUUAGGAAUUGAUUUGUUAGGGUUUUUCUUUAAAAAAAAAUUUACAUUUAUCAAAUUGGCUGAAAUGUGGCUGCCUGUUAAGAGGUAAGUACCUUUCUAUAAGAGUCAGGGUUUAAGACAAGGCACUGCUAAGAUCUGAGGGAAUCUGGGUCUUUUCAUUGUAUUAUCUCAUUAGCAGGCAAGGAAACCACCAAAAUCAGAUUGGGGAAUAUGCUCCAAAUGUGAGGCAGAAAUGUCAAUACUUUCCCACAGCAGACACAACUCUGCUGAUAAUGUUGAGAACCAAGUGCCAGGAUGAUAUUCAAGCUUCACCUGAAGAGCUGUUUUAGGUAGGGCUCAACAGUGUUCUAGCUCAAUUUUGUGUUGAAAACAGAAUAGCCAACUGAAAAAGCACCCACAGUCACCAGUGUAUUUGAACAAGAUUGGUUCUUAGGUCAGAAGCCUGUGAUCUUUUGAAAUGAACCUCUGGCAAGCAAAAGUAAAUGUUU